AUGACUCUAAUAAGAAAUCUAACUAAACUAGGUGGUUUGAAUUCAUCUUUGAAUUCAAGUAUUCAAAAAGAUAUUAUUGGGGUUGGUUCUAAAGACAAUCAUUUAAUUAUACAGGAAGGAAACAAAACAACAAGACAUAUUGAAUAUAGUUCUUUUAUGGGAUAUCCUACUUGGAGAUGGGUAGAUGAUUAA